AUGGCCGAGCGGUGCGCGCCGAUGCUGCAUUUGUUGACGUCGACGGUGGCGAGGCUGGUGUGCUGCCGCAGCACGCGCAGGCGCCGGACGACCUCGUCCCUCGGGAGAGGCUUCGCCCGGCCGCUCGAGCCGUUCUCCGCCGGCGAGCUCUGUGCUGUGCUGGAUUUGACGAGGAAGCGGAAGGCGAGCACAUCCGAAGCACAACCCGUUCCCGAGCUUCCCGACGAGAUCGUCGUGGAGAUCCUGGUGCGGCUACCCGUCAAGUCCCUCGUGCGCUGCACCUCCGUCUGCAAGGCCUGGCAAGCCGUCGUCUCCGACCCCGUCUUCAUCCGCGCGCACCUCCGGAGCUCCGCCUCCAGGUGCGAGCAGGACCCGGCUUUCCUCAUCACCCCUAUCACCUUCGACCGCCUCGACCCAGGGGAGACCACCCCAAGAACCUUCUCCAGCCGAAUCAGCUUCUACCAGUGGCAGCAAUGCGCCACCAAUGGCGGCAAGGCGGCGAGGUUCAAGCACGCCAAGGACUUCGCCGGUGAGUUCAACCGAUUCUGCUAUUUCGCCCACUGCGACGGCCUGGUGCUCGCCCUCACCGACACCAAGCUCUACCUCUUCAACCCGGCCACCAGGGACGCCAUCACGCUGCCAGACAGCGAGCGCAACGAGCGGAACGGCGCGAGAGGCUGCCACUGCGCAGGCCUCGGCCGAGAUCCACGCACCGGCAAGUACAAGGUCGUCCAGGCCUUCUUUCUGGCUAUCUACGCUGGCUUCCUCACAAACGUCCACCUCGUGGGGAUGGAGGUGCUCACCGUCGGCGGCGACGGCGUAUGGAGAGAGACGAUGACACGGCCGCCGUACCCAGUGUGGAACUGGCAAACGGGCAUCCACAUCAAAGGGUUCAUGUACUGGCGCAUCGAUGAUUAUCACAACGAGGGUCCAGUGCCGCGGGGUCUCCUCCGGCUGAGCCUGGCGGAUGAGAAGUUCAGCGUCACUGGAUUGCCAGAGUCGCUGGACCCUGCGCUUCACUACAGCUUCUCACUGUAGGAGCUGCACGGCCAGGAGCUGUGCCUGACGGCCUGCACCGGAGACGAGUCCGUGACCAUCUGGACGAUGAAGGUGGACGACGAUGGGGGCCAGGGCCGAUGGGAGCAGCGCUACAACAUCCGUUCCCGGGACCUCUGCCACCCGAUGGCUCUCGUCGCCGGCGGGAGCCGUCUUCUGCUGUGGCGUGGCCGCGUCAUCUACAGCCAUGAUUUGGCAAAGCCUGAGGCCGAGCUGAGCACCGUGUGCAGGCUGGAUCGAAUCAGGUAUCAGGGCCGUCGGGCAAGGAAAUGGAAGAACCUCUGCAUUUUCAACGUCACGCCGUAUACAGAGAGCCUCGUCCGCCCGCGCUUCAGUGACAGGAGCAGAGGAGGCUUCGCGUGCAGGAGUCCCCGCUUCUUCUUAGAUCUGUUCACUAGGCAGCUCCCUUUGACGCAGCAGGAGAAGCUUGACUUGUGACUUUGUGUGGUACUUAUCAAUAAAAGAGUAAUGCAACCGUGCUUUAUACAAUGUAAUGUUCAUUUGUUUGGAGGUUGUGAUUUUA